UCAACGGCCCGCCAUAUUUCAAAACGAAAUCCAAAACAAAAGRGAAUUYYCUCUGGAAAAUUAGCAAAUUUGUUCUAUAAAUCAAGAAUAYCUUACAAAAUGACUUCCAGUCUGGAGGAUCCAACACUUGAACGACAUUUCAAAGGUCACAGAGACACUGUCACAAGUGUAGAUUUUAAUCCAAAUAUGAAACAAUUGGUGACAGGCUCAAUGGACUCAAGUCUGAUGAUUUGGCAUUUCAAGCCCCAUAUGAGAGCAUAUAGAUUUGUUGGGCACAAGGAUGCUGUUUUGUCUGUAAAGUUUUCACCGUCAGGUCAUCUUAUUGCUUCAGCUUCUAGAGACAAGACAGUCAGACUGUGGGUGCCUAGUGUGAAAGGUGAAAGUACAGUUUUCAAAGCCCAUACAGCUACAGUUAGAGAUGUGGACUUCUCUAGUGAUGGCCAGUCUUUAUUAACAGCAUCUGAUGAUAAAUCAAUCAAGGUUUGGACAGUCCACAGACAAAAAUUUCAAUAUUCUCUAAAUGCCCACAUGAACUGGGUGCGAUGUGCAAAGUUUUCACCAGAUGGGCGACUUAUCGCUUCUGGUAGUGACGAUAAAACAAUCAAAUUAUGGGAUAGAACAAGUAAAGAGUGUGUUCAUACAUUUUAUGAUCCUGGAGGUUUUGUCAACUCACUAGCAUUUCAUCCAACUGGGACAUGUAUAGCAGCUGGUGGCACAGACAAUACUGUAAAGGUUUGGGACAUUAGAAUGAACAAGUUGCUUCAACACUAUCAAGCCCAUACUGGUGCAGUGAAUGCCGUAUCCUUUCAUCCGUCAGGCAAUUAUCUUGUAUCUGCGUCAAAUGACACAACACUUAAAGUUUUAGAUUUAAUGGAAGGUAGACUGUUCUACACACUGCAUGGYCAUCAGGGUCCUGCUACAUGUGUAGUGUUUUCUAGGAAUGGUGAAUAUUUUGCAUCUGGUAGUUCAGACGAACAGGUGAUGGUGUGGAAAACAAACUUUGAUCAAGUUGACUAUCAAGAGGUGCUAAAAGCUCACAGAAAAAGAGCAGUACCAUCUUCUCCAUCACAUACCCAUAACCCUCCACCACAAUCACCUGCACACCAUGGUGUACCACAGACGACUACAAAUGCUAAGCCUAAGGACAUGGGCGUUGGUGAUCCAGAAGUGGUYGAAGUGGGUCCUGCCAUGUUCUCAAUACCAAGGCAACAAAGUAAACUUGAUGAGUWCACAAGUAAUAGGGGUCAGCCCCCUACAGGACUAGGAGGGGUACCAAAUGAUCCCCCUAUGACCACACCCUUAGAAAGGCGUGAUAUACCACCCCAAUUAGCUAAUACUCUUGAGCAUAUUGUUGGACAGCUCGAUGUUCUCACCCAGACUGUAUCCAUUUUAGAACAAAGACUCUCAAUGACAGAAGACAAACUGAGAGAAUGUUUAGACAACCAGCAGAAAAUUAGCCUACAGAUCCGUCCUAACCAAUAAUAUAAUCUUAUAAACUCUAAUAAAUAUUUGUAGUUUUAUAGAAAUGGCCUCAGAAUAAAAUGUAUAUAAGUGUGUA